CUAAAAUUUUAGAGAAAUUGUUUCAAACAUUCAAUAAGAAGACAUUGAAGGCAAAUUUUAGAAUGUGUGGCCCACUCUAAUACAUUCUGGAAUUUCCAUUCUCGUUGAAAUCGUUGUUGACAAAUAGCAAUUUCCUUGUUAUCGUCGUCCAAAGUUGGAUACCUUUUGCUUAGGAAACAGAACUUGUCAAUUGCUUUUGAGAUCUCUUAAGGGUUCUGAAUUGGCAAUGUCAUCUCCUGCAGAGUUCUAUAAAUCACUUCCAUCUAUAAGCAAGGCUUAUGGAACUGCUUGUCUGCUGUUUACCAUUGCAUAUCAGUUGGGUUUUUAUCACCCUGCUGAUAUUGCAUUAUUAUAUGAGCUAGUACUCUAUCGUUUUCAGGUAUGGAGAUUGAUUACAAAUUUCUUCUUUCUUGGGAAGUUCUCAAUUAAUUUUGGGAUUCGCCUCUUAAUGAUAGCGAGAUAUGGAGUGCAACUAGAGAGUGGACCUUUUCAAAGACGAACAGCAGAUUUUCUGUGGAUGAUGAUAUUUGGAGCUCUGACAUUAUUGGCUUUAUCUGUAAUCCCCUUCUUCCGUUCCCCAUUCUUGGGUGUAUCGCUGGUUUUCAUGCUUCUGUAUGUCUGGAGUAGAGAAUUCCCAACUGCAAAUAUCAACAUUUAUGGUCUUGUGACCCUAAAGGCAUUUUACUUGCCAUGGGCCAUGCUAGGUUUAGAUGUUAUUUUUGGUUCACCAAUUAUGCCAGAUCUCACGGGGAUCAUUGCUGGACAUCUCUAUUACUUCUUAACCGUGUUGCAUCCACUUGCUACUGGGAAGAACUUUCUGAAGACACCAAUUUGGGUACAUAAAUUGGUUAUGCGUUGGAGGAUUGGUGCACCAACUGGUACUCCUGCACAACCUGAUAAUCCUGGUGCAGCUUUCAGAGGGAGAUCUUAUCGGGUUGGUGGAGCAACAGGGUAUCCUGCACAACCUGAUAGGGGUUCUGGUGUAGCCACAACUAAUCCUGUGCAACCUCAUAACGGUCCUGGUGUAGCAUUUAGAGGGAGAUCAUAUCGCCUUGGUGGGUGAAUGGCUACAUUUUCUUCUGCCAACCAGUAGCUUCAAGUUGACAAUGCAUUUAUAUUCACGGUAUCUUGAUGAAGGGAGUCUUUUAGUUUUAUUUCUAAAUAUAAUGUUGAAGGUGUAAUUCUGCGAAGGGUAUUGUGUUGAAACAUAGGUGAAUCCAAAACCAUCAGUAAUCAUCCCUUUCGGAAGUAAAAACUGAUUCUGUAGAUUCAUUUCCUUCUAAAUUUUCCCAGUAUUACAGAAGGUAACUGAAAACAGAUUAUGUUCCGUGGGGAAAGCAGUGAUAGGUAAAAAUUUUCUUUUAGAUGUUUGCUAAUUUGCAUUGGAAAACUGACAGUGGAUGCAAGUCUGGUACUUCAGCAUCAGUUGGGAGUCAUAUAUAUUCCUUGCUUCUACCACCCAAAUUGGUUGAUGGUUUUGCUAUGGUACGAAUGUUGGUAGUUAUUUUGAAUUAAGCUGUACUCUUCUUGACUGCUACUUUUUUUAUAAAAAGAAAAAGUUGUCAUUUGAAA